CUGCUGCAUCUGGCUGCCUGGCAGCAGUGCUUCGAACACAAUUUUGUAUCGGGGGAAGCUGAGAGCUGCGCCUUUAAUUCGUUUAUUUACGAAGAGCACAUGAACCCUCGGCUAAAAAAGCUGAUUCUGUAAAGACUCACCAUUUCAGAAGUGUGGCAAAAAUGGGGUCAUAUUUGUGUCAGGUAGGCUGAUCUCCCAUGCCUUCAUCUCAACCGUAACUGACCCCUCUCCCUCAAUGUUAUGUGUUACCCUUAUAGCUAACGGGUGUUAAUCAAGAUUCUGUCCUGUGAUCUUUGUGACUAUCAAUCAAAUAAUCUCAAUUUGCAUACAAAUUCCACUCUUCAAUAUGAAAUACAAAAUUUGCAUUACACAUGUGAUUCUUUGUUUUUGCCUGCAACUAACAUUUAUUGGUUUGGUGUACAAAACGAUGCAUACUGCCCCUUGCCCUUCCAUCUUCCUGAAGCUCGAGCAACCUUCAGGUUCUCACCCAAUGCAAUGUGACACAAACAAUUUGUAUUGAGGAGGUAAAGCGGGCAUUAUUAUUUUUAGCUGCUCAUAGCCUUUUACAGUUCCUCAGCACCUGGUCCCAGUAGCAGAGUUCCAGUGUAUCUCCCCCUCCCCCCUUCUGCACACACACGGGUCACCCAGUGACAUUGGAUGUAAUGUGCAUUGACGUGCUGGUUACUGUCAUGUGUUCUCCCUGCUCUAGCUGGAUGUUAGUCACUUUUAGGCUCCCGCAGCCCUGGUUGGCUGACCGCCGUAGCUGGAGGCAAGUGUCCAACACUCGUCUCAGUACUGGAUGUAUGUACAAAGUGCUAUUUAGCCAUUAGCCAUUUUCAGUGUGUGUGUGUCUGCCAUUUUAUCUUUACUCAGCUUAAUUUUGGGGGGUAAUAUUACAAAUGCUUGCAUCGGGAGUGGGAUCUCUUUUUCUGUUUAAGGCACUAUUCUUGAAUUGAUAUAGGUCCAAUUUCCACAUCUUCAUGUUUAGCUUUUCUUGCAAAUGGCUCCAGCAAGUCUGUGUUCAUUUGUUUUAGGGAUAUGUACUUAUGAUAAUGAUUUACAAAUACUGACAUAGGUCGGAAUAUGCUCUUGAUACAUUAACUAAGAAACGUUUUUUAAAUAAUCCUGGUUUGAAGUUGAUGUCUCUCUGUUUUGUCUGUAAACAGAAAUUUAUUUUUGAAUCCCUUUGUCUUAACAGGCAUUUACUAAAAUGUCAUAUUGGACGAUGCGCUCAAUGGACGUUGGAUAAUCAACAAAGAUCCUAUCGCUUCAGACGAAUGCCUUACUGGCAUUGUUCCUCUUUCUCUUUCUCUACUGUAGCACACAAACAAGCUUUGAGUUUGCUUCCCGUUUCAAGACUGGAGAGCUAGAGUGUGCUCCAAUCCCAAGAAUUAUGGUAGCAAGCUGUACUAUUUUAUCAGUGUGAUGAUCUAAAUUGGAUGUUCCACUCAGCAGGCACCUUGCAGGUCUGUCUGAAAAGACCUGAAAAUGAGUUAAGAACCGAAGUUUUUCAGUAACAUGCAGGAGCGAUGAGCAAAAGAGGAGGCCGCCCCGUAUAUAUGCGUCACCGUAGGAAAGGUAGAGAAAAGGCCAACAUGUACUCCAAGGGCACCAAACGCACGUUCUCUGACGGUGUGGACGACAAGGCGGUGGCGGCAUCCUAUAGCCUGCAGCGCCAGUCCCUACUGGACAUGUCCCUGAUCAAGCUGCAGCUGUGCCACAUGCUGGCGGAGCCCAACCUGUGCCGCUCGGUGCUCAUCGCCAACACGGUGCGCCAGAUCCAGGAGGAGAUGGCCCAAGACGGCAGCUGGCAGGUGGUCACCGAGGCCUUAGGUGGCUCUGGCCAUGGCCCAUCUGAUCGCCUGGUGGACACUGAGGUUCUGUGCCAGUCGCCGGCGCCGGAGCAGCAGGACGGCGGUCCUAAGCUCUACUCAGUGAUGGGCUACGACGGCUGCCGCGAGGAGGAAGUGGUGACGGACAAGGCACUGUGUUCUGUGGUUGUCGGCGACAGGGCCCCAUCCCUCCUGUUGGGGACCAUUGGCCACUGCUGGGACAGGGGGGAACUGAGAGUGGUGGAAGUGGAGGAUGAGGUCAGCGAAGACUCAGGUACGGGGGACGAGGAGGAGACGGGGUCUGGGGAGGGGACUAAAAUGGCAACGGGGCAGCUGUUCGGGACUUUCGAGAUCAAGAACGGCGCCCCCGAGUCAGACCCGGCACUAGAGGAGCUGUUCUCUGACGUUGAUGCCUCGUAUUAUGACUUGGACACCAUGCUGACAGGCAUGCAGAGUGCCCCAAAGAUGGGGCCUUACGACUUUCUGGACAGCUUGGCCUCCUCACACGGCCCUGUGUCCAACUCCAGCUGUAGAGCCGAUCUCAAUGAACUUGACCACAUUAUGGAGAUCAUUGUGGGCUCAUAGAUUAGACUUAAAACUCGAAUACUGUUUCAUUGAUCUUGUGCCACUGUCUUUUUGUCUUGUAUGUGCGAACAUACAGUAUUUACACGCCUUCCUCUGUAUGGAAACUAAGUGAAAUCCAUCUCCGUGCAAUGAAAUGUUAAUCUGAAAAGGUUCACAGUUUUUCAAAUUCACAAUCCUUUUUUCUUAUGUAUAUUUUCUUUAUGUUUGUAUUUGAGUGUGUACUCUCUUCUGUUUUUUUACUGUUGUUUUUGUUUUAAUUUAUUGUACUUAUUACACUACAUGAAUUCAGAGCAGCACAACAUAUUUACAUGAACUAUACAUAUUUUCUUUCAAAAAAUAUAUACGAUUGUUAAAACAUUUCUGUAUAAAUAUACAAGUCUAUAUUUUUUACUAUAGAGACAGUCUGAGAAUUGUUCCAGACUGUCUGACUUUUUUAAAAUAUAUUUCUAAACCAGAACGAUUGCACAAAAGCUCAAUGUGUGAUUGGGACUAAUUUACCUUUUGUCUUCCAAAAGUUUAACUUUGGUUGUGUCUUUUGAGCUACAAGAGCAAAGAGGCAUUGUCGAAAACAUGAAUUGUGUUCAGUAUGCUCACAAUGUGAUGCACCCUUGUCUUGGUCUAUGGUUUGGUGCUACAGUAUAUGCACCGUGUACAGUAUUCCUUAUAAACACAUUGCCUUGAGCCAUACAGUUAGUUCUUGCACCACGGCUAGCUGAACCUCACGGCCUAGCAUGUGGUGCCAUUUGUUUGCUAUUAGAAAUAACGUAUGUUCUUAUAUUUGUCUCCUUACAAAUGAAGAAUUGUAAUGGGUAUAUCUCUCAUUUUAUGUUAUGACUUUUAACCUAUUUAAUUUAUUAAGCGCAAACAUAAGGUGGUGUUAAACCUUGGUAAUACUUAAGGUUGCAGAAGCUUUUCAGCUUUCAAACAUGAAUUGGUAUUUGGAAUCAUAAUGAGUUUCCCAACUUUCAUGCAUACUUUUAGUACUUUUAGUGAAGUAAUUACUUUCUUAUUCAAAACAAACUGAGAACAUGCAAAGAAUUGUGCUAUUCAGCUGACCUAUUCCAACAAGAAUGUAUUUUCUUUACCAAGUUCAAAGCCUGCACUCAGGCACAAGAUAAUAUUGUGAGUAAACAACUGAUUGCUGAUUAAACAGACAUGAGGUGGAAGAUCACACAUUUCUUUUUUAUAAAUAAGAACUGUACAUUAGACAUUCGUGACCAUGAGCUAGAGUAAAUGUUGAAUUUUUUUAUACAAGUAAACUAGCAGUUUAUACCAUUUUUAAUAAAGGUUACAACAUAUUGUAAUAUGAA